AGAACAGCCCUUUCUCUCUUUUCUUGAGACUUAACCUAUGACGAGGAAUAUCUCCAAGAAUCUAUUUUGCUCCAUGUUUACUCCUGGUCCUAGGAGCCUAAUUUUCUUGUGCACUAAAAACGAAAAGGGGUAUGGAAAAAAUAUCAGCUAUUUUAUAUCUUGAUAGCUGGUCAUUCUACCAGUGGCUUGAUUUGCACACUCUUGUCUCCAUUUUUGGUUUAUGACAAAUGAAACAUAAUGUGUUAUUAUGUCAUCCACACUGAAACAAAACAAGGGGGAAUCCAUUCAGAGUUGGCUGGAGAAGCCGGCAGAUUCACUACCAGUGCAUGAUAUUCCCCAUACAAGGUCCCAGAGGCGCAGAAAAAAGCCAUUUCCACGAAUCACAAAACGCGCCAGGCCAUGCGUAGAUCAGUGUAACAGAAGGGACGAGUUAAAAGGCUAAUUUGAAGACAUGGGGAUGAGUGGAGCAGGUGGUACCAGGCGCGGGGAAAGGAAAAUUAAGUCAUGUACAAUUUGAAGGAGAGUAUAAGGACUGACCAUGGAGCGGAUGGUAAACUUAGUUCUCACACUACGGAAUCCAAACACCCAUCGUCCAAUAUUGCAGUCCGCCGCCAACGCCUUCACGUCAGUUUGGCAACUCCUGAAGUGCAUUUCGUGCCGUUUGGAGUAGAGAAUGUUUAUUUCCCGUGGCUGGCGGGGAAUAUAUUGUCGCCUCUAGCGGAGGGGCCUGCCUGGGGCCGUUGACGGCGCGAAUGACAACGAAAGGCGACGUAGGAGGUUACAGCGGAGUUGCUGAAUCGUUCUUUUCCUUAUGAUAGGCACUUUCAGGCAAUGGGACUGGCAGGUGGGGGGUGAGUUUGCAGAUAAAAGGGGGUGAGGAGUAGAGCAGAGCGUGUUAUAACAGGGGCAUGUAUGUACUAUCCAUAAUAGGAUGCGCAGCAGCAAUUAUUAUAACAAUGCUAUGAAAUCAGGGCCUGCAUGUUUGAUGCUGACAGGCCUGAAGACAAUAUCAGUGGUGGUAUGCAGACCAUUUUGUCAUUCUCAAGGAGGGGAAACGUUCUCUAACUACUCCGUAUACUUAUAAAGUAGGAGAGGUUGAAUUGUUUGAUGCACAGAAUAAUCAUAAAACCAGAUACAACACGCCAUACCAGAUAUGGGAUCUAUUAACUCAUAGCUGUUAGAAGUGCAGCCAUACACAUAGUGAACAUGCAACACUGCAAGUUGAAACCGUUGCUCGAUUGUUGCUAUGGUGAUUAAACUAUGCACUAUACUUUAUUUGGAUCGACGGGUGGAUCCAUAACUUUAAAUUACGUCUCGUGAUUGGCUGAUAUUCCUGGAUAAAUUGCUUUUUCAGAGGGUCCAUCCAGGGUACUUCGCGGCCCAUACAGGACGCCAUACAGUUCGAGGUUUCUUCAAUUCUGGCGUCCGUACUCCGUACACAACCCCCUGCGACGCUGGAUUCUCGAAGAUGCUUGUGCAAUUUUCACCUCUUUAAGGCUGUGUUUUCAUAUCAGAUACCUCCGCUAUAUGCUCCCUGUUCUCGUCUUGAUUUGUUAUGAACCGAAUGCUCUUAUCGGAUCAUACUGGGGACGCUCUUUUCUAAAAAGAGGUUUUUUCGUUUCCCGCUCCCCCCUUCAAGGUCGCGUAAGUCUAAUAUUGUUGGCAAGCUCUCAGUAAUCAUCCCUACGCAAGCGCCUGAGACGAACCUCUGGACGCCGCGAUUCCAGCACCUUGAUUGAUCUCUUACUUCUCUCUCGUCUUCCCUCAAUUCCCUGUGCCUGGUUUGAUGUCAUGGUCCGCGCCGCAGAGCCAAUGACACGCCGGGUGGCAGCCUCCCAGUUCCGCGACGACAUUACCCAAUGUCCCAAGCUGGAAAUAGACACAGAGAAACAGGACUAUGCCUACUCAUCACGAGAUACAUCCCUAGACCAUGAUGAAGACUCCCGCACCUAUCUCAAGUCUCCUUAUGACACAGCGAUCUCCUCAAACCCCAUACUAGGCAAGCCUACACAGCCGUCGAAACGGAAGCGGAGAUACCAAUUCUACAGAGUACCACAUUCUAUUAUGCGAUGGAUAUGUUUGGGAGUGUUCAUGAGCUUGCUAUUGUUCAUCGCGUUUCUGUUUCGCUUCACUAUUUCCGGCUCCUCGUUUAGAGCGGUUCCGCUAGAACUGUCCAGACCGAAACCCAGGCCACCACAGUGGGAGAGCUUUCCGUUCCUGAGCAGAUAUUAUGGUGGGAUAAGGACGCUUGUAUCAAGGCAGGAUAACAUCCCUGAAUACCCUGGCGAUGGAACUGUGGAGAAAAUUAUGGAUUCCCCAUCAUAUGGAAAGGAAGGGAACGAUAAGUCGGAUAAGAGAUCUGAGGCCAAGAAGAGCUUGGUCUUCAACCCUUAUCCUGAUUACAAAUCUGAAAGCUACGUUAAGAAAUAUGGCGUUAAGAAUGACUGCUUUUUGGAUGCGGAUACGAAGACGUCGAUCCCACCUGUUCGACAUUUUCCGGGAAUUCCCAAAGGCUUUCCCGAUGCUGCGAUGGGAUCAAAUAAGCUGCUAGGCAUAAAUGAUGAUGUUUGCUUUGAACGAUUUGGUCGACUAGGUCCGUACGGCCUAGGCUAUGGCAUUGCCGCGGGAGGCACGGGUGGUGGCCUCGAAGGUGACAGAUCUGGGAUCGACGAAGUAUGGAAGGAAAUCCCCGCAGUUGAUUUCCGGACAGUCAAAUGGAGCGAAGCACAAGAGCGCUGUAUUGCUGCAAACAGUCACCGAUUCCCCAAGCUUGGACCCCCGAGAGUUGAUCGUUUUGGGGCUAUGAAAGUCGGCACCUUGCAUGCAAGAGCCGAGACCGUAGGAAGCACCCCCCUAGGAGAAAAUAAAGAUAGCGCGUCUACUGUGGCUGCGGCGAACGACACAUUAACUCUACCACGAUCUGCUAUGCUUAUUCGAACAUGGAGCGACUACCAAUAUAACGAGGAAUCCAUCAUGUAUCUUCGUUCGCUCAUCUCGGAAUUAUCCUUAAUGUCUGGAGGAGAAUAUAUUGUUCAUUUCCUGAUCCAUGUGAAAGAUGACAACCUGCAAAUCUGGUCGGACGAUGAUACCUAUGAUCGCGUUCUGAAGAAUGCCUUGCCGGCUGAAUUCCGCGGAAUGGGCACCUUGUGGUCGGAAAGACAAAUGGGGUUAUUAUAUGGCGGCCUUCAAGAGACUUUUGCACGGGACCUCCCCGUCCAUGGUGUCUAUAGAAGCACCUUCAUGCCUGUCCAAUGGUUUUCACACCAACACCCAGAAUAUGACUUCAUCUGGAACUGGGAAAUGGAUGCCCGGUACACGGGCCACUGGUAUCACCUCUUCAGCCAAGUGAGUGAGUGGGCGAAACAGCAACCACGAAAGGGCCUCUGGGAGCGCAAUGCACGAUUCUACGUUCCAUCAGUUCAUGGAUCCUGGGAAGAUUUCCGCCAAAUGAUCCGCGUGCAAACCGAGAUUGGAACAGACAAUCCCAAUAAUAUGUGGGCGACUCCCCAGGACAAAAACCGCCCGAAUGGGCAGCCAGAGGCCAAGGGAGACAAGCCCAUCUGGGGCCCAGAACGACCACACGAGCAGGAUGUCAUAGAGACGGACGGUGAAGGUAUCCCCCCUACCACGUACGAGAAAGACAAAUACCAGUGGGGUGUGGGGGAAGACGCCGACCUGAUCGUCUUCAACCCAAUUUACGAUCCCGAAGGCACAACCUGGCUCCUCCGCGACGAUGUGACUGGAUACAAUAAAUCAGAGGGCAUGCCGCCGCGCCGAGCAGCUAUUAUCACCUCCGCACGCCUCUCACGAAAACUCCUCGCCACAAUGCACCGCGAGACCAGCAUAAAGCGCCACACGAUGUUUUCAGAAAUGUGGCCAGCGACUGCUGCGCUCCAUCAUGGCCUGAAGGCCGUCUUUGCACCCCACCCUGUGUACAUUGACCGCCGCUGGCCUACCAAGUAUCUGGAAGCAACGUUCAACGCGGGCCGCAAUGGCGCGACGGGCGGGUCUAGGAUAUCUGUAUUUGGCGACAGGGAGCAUAAUUUUAGAGGUACGACUUGGUUCUAUUCUGCGGGCCAUUCGCCAAAUUUGUGGCGCCGUUGGUUCGGAUACAGAGUCGAUGGCAGGGGUGGGGAGGAGUAUGAGCUUGCGACUGAGGGGAGGAUGUGUUUGCCGCCUAUGUUGUUACAUCCGAUUAAGGAGCUCGAGAUGAUUAUUGAGAGCGUGGAUCGUUGAUAGUAUCUACUCGAUUUUUUAUUUGUUUUCUUUUCUUUUCUUUUCUCUUUUCUAUAUUUGUGCAUGGUACGGUGUGUUGUAUGGCUUUCAUUUUCAUUUGCUUUUCUUUGUUUCUUUUCCUUUUUCUGAGUCCUCCCUUUAUAUUUGUGAUAUAUGCACUUUUUACCAUCGUCAAUUCCCCCACUCCAUGCCUUUGACAUUUAUCUCCGUCUAACCCCUUCACUUUGGUCUAUUUCCUCCCGAAUAUUCUUGUGCUUUCUUAUCUCCUCCUGAGCAGCAUUGUUUCCCGUUAUUCUCCUAUGGAAUUGAUAUGUUUUCACUCAGAUACACAUGAUGGAACUAAUCAAACCGCGACUGAUGCCCCUCCACAUGCAUGAGAUACGACCCUGCCUUCUGUUUUUUUCUCUUUGCCCCAGAUAGACGAUAAUGAUAGAUGAUGGAUGCAAAGAUUGUAUGUUCAUGUAUGAUAUUUAAUGGCGGAUCGGAUGAAGCCUUGUUCUCCUGUUCAUAUCUGUUCCUUGAUAUGGUGGUGGGUUUUUAACCCCAGUCCCCUAUCUCGCAGAGACUCGCCUGCUUGUAUAUAUAUAUAUCGGGCUUCUUAUGUUACAUUUUGCGGCUACCAGCUUCCCUCAGCAAAAAUUCUUUGGAUAUCAAGUGAAACAUUUGAAUUGACCAAUUCUCAAUCAUCCUUUAUUGACAUGACAUCAGCUAUAGAAAGGAGUCCUGGAAAAUGAUAUAUAUGUAAAUAAAUAAAUAUGUAAAUAAAUAAGAAAAACCACAUUUUAAGUAUCGUCUUUCAA